ACUUUACCUUCCUCCAGUCCUCUAGCGGUCCCAUCAGCCCCUCUCACCUACCUCCAGUCCUCCAUAGUGAUUUCGUCCUCCAGUGGUCCCAUCAGCCCCUCUUACCUACCUCCAGUCCUCCAUAGUGAUCUCGUCCUCCAGCGGUCCCAUCAGCCCCUCUCACCUACCUCUAGUCCUCCAUAGUGAUCUCCUCCUCCAGCGGUCCCAUCAGCCUCUAUCACUUACCUCCAGACCUCCAGUCCUCCAGUGGGUCCAUCAUCCUCUCUCCCCUACCUCCAGUCCUCCAGCGUCCUUACCUUCUUGUCGCCCCCGAACCUCGUUGUCUGUGUGAACUUUCACCCCGCUUGUUGGGAAAUGUCACAUCAAGGCCCGUGCUGCGGUAGGGGGGCGCCAGGAGAUGAAAUAUAAGCGUAAUUCCGUCUCUACAUCCCUAAUUUGCGUUGGUUUUCUGCCAGUCCUACCCUAUGCCAUCAGCAGCAGCCGCGGUACCCGGGAUCCAGCCGCAGCCUCACCUCGUCACGGGGAUAACAACAAUCUGGGCCGAACAUGAGGAGGAAAAUGGUGCUGCCCUUGGAGAUGUCGAUCCAACCAAGCGGUCUGCUGUUUACAACGAGGCCGAGCAGAGGAUCCUGGGACUGAGUACUGAACCCCUUCCCAUGGCCUUGACCCCGUUUCAGAUGGCCUGCUGAAGCUAUGGGGAGCUGUUGGAGCUGUCUAUACAGAGACCCUCUCCGAGACAUCCACCUCACCAAGUUCAAGGUGACCAAUGUAGAUGAUGAGGGGAACGAACUGGGUUCUGGCACAAUGGAGCUCACGCAGACGGAGCUCAUCCUCCACACGCGCAAGAGGGACGCCAUCCGGUGGCCCUACCUCUGCCUGCGCCGCUACGGCUACGACUCCAACCUGUUCUCCUUCGAGAGCGGACGGCGCUGUCAGACCGGCCAGGGUAUCUUUGCCUUCAAGUGUUCCCGGGCGGAGGAGAUCUUCAACCUGCUCCAGGAGCUCAUGCAGUGCAACAGCAUCAACGUGGUGGAGGAGUCCAUGAUGAUGACCCGCAGCGGCCACACCCCGGAUAUGGACAUGCCGCGCACGCCCCAGACCCCCAACACUCCAGCAUUUCCCAUCCAGGGUUUUCCCAACGGGUACCCUGGCUAUCCAAUCAGAGGGGACUCCUCCCAGCCCUCCAUGACUGAGGACCAUGGCCUCAUGGCCAUGGAAGACCAGACCCACACCUACGUCAACACGGUCAGCAUGGAGGGUGACCUGUCCAUGCGGCACUGCGUGCACGCCCUCCCCGAGGCCCGGCCCAGCCCCUUCCCCGAGGCGGCGCGGGGAGCCAUGCCGGUGGGGGGCCAGGGUGCGGCGCGGGGAGCCAUGCCGACGGGGGGCCAGGGCGCGGCGCGGGGAGCCAUGCCGACAGGGGGCCCGGGCGCGGCGCAGCGCUGCCGUCCCCUGGAGGAGCACGUCGACCCCCAGGUGUUCCUGCAGCCGUCGGCCCAGGAGGUCACCUUCAUGCUGGGCCCCACACCCGCGCAGCGCCACCUGCUGGAGCGGGAGAGGCACGGCCUCAGCACCCACAGCCUGCAGCCUGCAGAGGGCGCCACCGGCUCGGAGACGGAGGGCGAGGAGCCCCCCGUGCACGUCUGCAACUCCCACUCGUACCACCACUUCCACCACCUCAUGCACCGCCACCCGGCCCACGAGCCUCCGCAGGACGGCUGCAAGAGCAGCCAGCUGACCUACGAGAACAUCAAGUCGCUGCGGGGCGCGGGCAAGCAGCGGCUCAGCCCCAGCAGCGUGUCCCAGUCGCUGGCCUCCAGCAGCAGCAGCAGCACGGGGGAUAGCCACUCGCACUCGCUGCUCCACGGCCACGGGCCGGCCUCGCUGCCCCCGCAGGGCUACCCCCUGGAGAGGGGCGGGGGGCACCGCCGCACGGCACUGCUCAACUACGAGAACCUGCCCUCGCUGCCCCCGGUGUGGGAGUACAGCGCCCUGCAGCGGGACGAGGAGCAGGAGGAGGAGGAGGACGAGGAGGAGUACGAGGAGGAGGAGGAGGAGGAGGAGGAGGAGGAGGACUUUGACGAGUACGAGUUCUCCGAGGGGCCCGCCACGCCCAACGGGUACCACCAGGAGGCCCGGGGCGUGCACCGGGACGCCCUGCAGAACUACGUCAACACGGAGCAGGUGCAGCCGUCCCGGCUGCGGCACGGCUGCCCGCCGCACGCCCAGCCCUGCCCGGCGGAGCGCGGCGGGGGGCACAUCUUUAACUUUGAGUUCCGCCGGCGCUCGGGUGCGGGCGGGGCGGGCUGCGAGCACGGCCACAUGCCCCCGUCGCGGCAGCUCAACUACAUCCAGGUGGACCUGGAGGGGCAGCCGCCCUGCCUGGCCCUCGGGGGUGGAGGGGGGGCUCUGCCCCAGCCACAGCACCAGCGCCAGCCCCACCCGAAGUGUGGGCAGCAGGCCCCGCGGCACAGCGAGUUCUACGCCGAGAUCGACAUCAAGAAGACGGCGGCCAUGUCUAACCUGCAGAAAGCUCUUCCCCGGGACGACGGGACGUCCAGAAAGACUCGACACAACAGCACAGACCUGCCUCUGUAGACAACGGGGAGACCCAACAGACAAGGGAAGGAGACGAGGAAAGCUGCUUAGGGAACCAAGGAAACGGAAAGGAGAGCUGAUCCUCAUGUUAGCACACUGGACCCUCCACUUUCAUCCAUUCACCAGACUUCUGACUAAAGACCAGGUUCCUCUUUCGCUCUCUCCACAUAAGGCCUUGAUAACUUGAUCUUAGUACCCUGGAGUGAAGGUGAGCAUUUCAAGGUGGUUAAAGGUCAAAGGUCAAGGUAUUUUGCCCAAACCGUUAUUUUUCAGGCUUUUAGAAACAAAGAGAGAAGAAAACGACAGCAGAACCCCCCCCCCCCCCCCCCUUUUAUUCUGCCCGUAGCGUCCAUGUAAUAACCUGGCCUCUGUGUUCUGCCAAAUGGGAGGGCCAGAGAGGAAUGUGUGGGGGCUCCUCCCCCCAGUGCCCCCCCCCCCCUGUAGGUCCUAUGUACGGUUGACGCUUCAGAUAUGAGGUCCUGUCUUUUAUUUAUUCACCAUAAACAAUCCACUCUGGACUACCGUGGUGCGAAGGACUUGGGCGUUCACCGGAGCGCCAGGAGGCUGGGGGCGUUUAGAUGCACGGGGCCAAAACCUUUCACGGUAUUCUUUCGUCAGCAUUGUAGAUAGUGCAUCGUUUUAAUGUUUGAUGAAGACGUCGGCGACCUCGACUUGGUGUUCAGCGAUGACCUCACAUGAAAUGUGCAGAUUUUAAUGAAUUCUCACAAUGGGAAUGUUUAUUUAAAGGUUUGGUAAGACAUAGGCAUUUAUAUAGCUAUGUAUAUAUAGCUAUAUAUUUAUGCAAAUAUAUAUAGCUAUAUAUAUAAAUAUAUAUCUCUAGAUAUAUAUAUGAUAUUGAUACAUCAUUUAUUUUCAUAUUUAUUUAUUUCAUUCCUUAUUUAUGAAUUAAUGUAUUUGUUUCUUCAUGUAGUCCGUUAGACUCCAAUAACUUUAGUUUUGUUUAGAAUGUGAGAACCAGCGAUUAUAAUCCAGUUGGUAAUAUGGAACCAAAGUGUCACCAUCAUCAUUAUCACUGAAUAUUGGUGUAUAACUGUUAUAACUGUGCUUGAUUAUGUUUAAAAACAGAACUAUUAACAUUUAAAGUGCCAAAACAUAAUUGCUAACUGUAUGUGGAGUAAAAAAAAUGUGUUCCAUUAGAAUCUUUAAAAAGCGUAGGAUAAUAAGAUUUUUUUGUGAUAAUUUGAAUGUUCCAGGAGGACAGAAUACAAAACGGAACAUUGUUUUUCAGGCCAUGUAGAAACAAACAAACAAAAACAAAAAAAACAUCAACAGGUCACAUCUCAUUUCGCGCUGACCUCCGGACCCCAAGGUAAGACUGCUCCUAAACGGUACUGCCGCCGUCGGCUCACGGCGGCUACAAGGGGUUCUGCUGCUAUGCUGCUGAGGUGGGAGCACAAGUGCGAGUGGCUGGCCUCAUCGGGGACGUGUGGCGGAGCAGACACAGAACACGGCCUGCUUUCCUCUGGCCCCAGUAGAGCCGUGUGUGUGUUUGGGAUCCUCGUGUCUUGGCUGUAGAAAGGCCCUCAGGGCGUCGACUCUGGUUCUGUUGUGCUGCGAGGGCCCCUGGGUCUCACAUGGAGCCCUGUCUCACACACGGAGCCCUUUCUCACACAUAGCCCUGUCUCACACACGGAGCCCUGUCUCACACAAAGAGCCCUGUCUUGAGCACCAGGGCCCCGAGUCAAGGCAGCACAGGAGCGCGGCUAAACCCUGGUUCUGAUUGGUUAGGGUUGAAUCGCCAUCAUCCACGUGGAGAAAGAAACGUGUCGUUGUGAGAGACUGCCAGCAUAUUAUUUUUGGGCAGAGCUAUUUUACUUGUGUGACUGGUAUACAAGUAAAUGAAAACAUGUUAACGUUCUGCAGGUAAAGAUGGUGAUGGAAGAGGUUCUUUUAAGACUUACUGCAAGCAUUCCAUACAUGUUUAUUUAAAUCCAAACAUUAUCUGUUUACAUGAUCGGUUGGUGUAUCAUUGGGCUUUUUAUUUUAUUUUUAUAUCCAUCAUUUACUUGAGAUGUAGUCAUUCCAGCCACUGGUGUCAAUUUAACUAGUUGAACUAGUUGAACUAGGGCCUUAAAGGAUGAAAUGGUUCGAGUGAGAAUCUCCUGUCGAUAAGGUCAUCCAAUAAGUUUAGAAGAGGGGUUUACUAAAGGGCUUGCCGUGUCUAAACUCUAACUCAUCGUGCCUUUCGCUGUUCAAAUAACAUGUCAUCACUUUUUAAUUUAUUUAAGAAAAGACGAUGGAAAGAACAUAUGUUUGCAUUUGGUGACCGUUUGCAACGUUGGUGUCAUUGAACAGGAUUAGCUUAUUAUCCACAAACUACCGGGUCAUUUAUUUAUUUAUUUAUGUUCAAGUAGUCUGUCGUUUAUAAAAUCUGCUCGAAGUGCAAAAAUAAAUCAAGUUCGAGAGCAAUUAACAUCAUGAUCAAUGUAUGCAAAUAAUUCUUUCAUCUUUAUAAGGCCCACUUGGUUUCCAUGCAUUAGUUACCUAUAAUGUAAUAAUUUUCAGUGGCACAAUGAGGGAACCAUACAUUUAGAAAUCAUGUCUAAAUUCUCAACUGUAGCUCAAAAUGUUAAGGGGACUGAAGUGGUCCUUCAUUCCUCCUCCCUGUUUCUGUGUUGUGUGUACCAACUGCCAGUGGCUGUUAUACAUGUACCAGUCUUUAUUCAUCUCACCAACGUGCAGAGCCUGUCCGUCAUUACUUUUGUGUACAACUUGUUUACAUGAGUACAGGUUAAGAAGGCCAAUGUUUUGUAACCAGGAGAUAGGAGGGAGAUGUGCCAAACGUCCGUGGAGCACAGCUCAGGACAGAUCUUUAGGUAGGGGUUGGAGAGGCUGAGACCGGUCCCUCACGUCUGGUCUGAGCGCACAGCUGGGGGUCUGCCAAGCUCAGUGUUUAUACUGAGGUCUGGUCCUGAUUUAUGAAGAAAACACGCGUAUGUCCGUGAUGAGCCCUAUAUAUUCAUACGCAUUAAAGGUCUACUAGUGCUCUCCUUUAAUGGGACCACAAAAGUCUAUUUUUUUUUAAUUUAGUUUCACAUGUCAUGCUAUAGAAAAGAGCCUUACAGAGAGGGCCCUGUUCCUAUCUGGCCCUCAUCCCCCAUCACAUGAACAGGGCAGUAAGCUGCCCCUCCUGUUGUGAUUCUGUGUAUUCCUUGGGUUCUCCAGCACAUCACUACACUGAGUGAAAGGGGGUGGCUGAUGGGUGUUUCAGACCGUGGCAGCAUUGAGUACAAUUUUCUGUAUAUUAACAAAAAGCAUAAUCAUUUCAAAAGAGUAAACAAAGCAUUCCCAUAACACCUUUGAUUAUUGGUUAUUAAACUGUGACGAGCAAAUCAGUAGUGGGCUUAAUUUUGCUCAGCUAUAUUUAUUGAUUUGCCCAACAGAAAACAGCAAUAGGGUUAACAUUCAAUGGGAAUGCAGACUUUCAGUGUGCAAUCAAAUGUAUUUAAUGUCAGGUUUGUUUCUAUGUAGCGUCUUUGAUUUACGUUCAAUGAAUCUCCUAAGAAAGGCACUUUCGUGCACCAACAACCUAGACCACAAAGUAUACAAACAUAUAUUUUGAUUAUCUGCAUAUAGUUUAAUGAUUUGGUUGAAAACGUGUAAAGGUGUCUGCAGCCGAGCGAACCGCCUAGACCAAAUUACUUUCUAAAUAGAAAUUAUUUUUUCCUGCUUUUGCUUAAACCCAAAAUCAAUAAUGUUCCUAAUUUCCGAAUGACUUUAUACAGUUGAAUACUACCUUUGUUAAAGCAUGCACUUGGUGUCUGCCUGUGUGUAACCAGUUUCAAUGAUUUCAGGUACAGAGAGCAUGGUCCUUGUUAGUAUAAAACCUUUUGAGCUGUAAAUACAAGCAUUGUCACGUCCUGUUGUGUUGCUAUGUAUUGUUUAUGGCUAUUGGAUUAUUAUUGUAUCAAAAGAGGAAUCUCACAAAUAAAGCAGAACUUUUAUUGUUUCUACUUUCA